AUGAAGUUUGCAAAGACGCUACAGGAGAAAUUACGUGAGGAGUGGCAGCAGCAGUAUGUGGACUACAAAAUGUUAAAGAAGGUGCUGAAGCUUGAACAGGACACGGCAGUGCGUGCCUUCUGUGACCUCCUGGAAUCGGAACUGACAAAGGUUCAUGCUUUCAUGCAGCGGCAGCAGGAUGACAUCUGGAAGGUGGUCUGUGACGGUGUUGACAUUAUACCGACCAAUGCUCGGCAGAAUGCGCUUGCCAGCGUCAACACGGCUGAGACCAUGGUGGAUUCUAUUCAGAACUUCAAGAGCUAUGUUGAGCUGAACCGGACCGCGGUGAGGAAGAUCAUCAAGAAAUUCGACAAGCGCUUUCAUGUCCGCUUUCACGAGGUCAUCAGCAUCCCAGAUUCUCCGAACCUCAUGAUAGAUGCCAGUGCCAUCGGCACCUGGCUGCUCAUCCCGGCGCUUCAGUGUCUGAGGCUGAUCAAGACCCUGUCGGGAGGCCCGCAGUCUGGCUGCUUCGUGGAGCGUCCGCUUCGGCAAUUCAGCUUCUGGGCAGAGGAGCUUCGAGCCGGAGCUGCGUUAGCGAGGUGCCAGAUCGCUGGUGGACCGUGUGCGACUUUGACAGACCUGCGACUCCAGCUGAUCUGCGGGCAGGACCUGCAAUGCCGUGUCAGGAACACUUUUAUUGAUGUCUCGAACAAGGGUGGCAGCCGUUUGCGCUCUCACUCUCUUCCCUCUCGGCUGGCUCAGCGGGAAGAGGAGAUGCAUGAUGCACUGCCGCUACCCCCGGAAUUGCCAGUCAUCACGCUGGAGCAUGCCAUGUGCGAUAGAUUCGAACUCCAGCCGAUUCCGCGUCAGCUCCCUGCAAAGUGUGCGCUUGACUAUGAGGAGGAGGAGAUGGAGGCAGAUGAAAAUCAGCGGUGGGAGUAUUCAACAGGCACAUACUACCAGCACAACUUCUAUCAAGGUGCCGAUUUCGCAGUGGUACCUGACUGCAAGGCAGCUGCGACGAUACUCUCUUCGCCGUCGACGAUGUCAGAGGUCAUGAUUACGACGAAGGACUCCUCGUCAACAUUGGAUCAUAGCCCCAAGGGCAAAGGACGUGGCAAGUCGUUGCAGAGCACCGCUUCGGGCUCCCGGUGGUGGAUGGAGUCUCCAGAGGUCUGUCCAAUUUGCCACUUUCCAAUUCGACUUCUGCCAUAUCCUCCUUUCAAGCUGCAGGUGGCCGGGUGUGAUGCGCGUGAGCCGGCCAAGCUUGUUGAUGGUCCCUUCAUGGUGUUACAGGUGCUGAGCACUUGGAACUUUGAUGUUCUGGGCCAUGAGCUGACGGUUUCAGAUAUCAAGGCGCUGGACUCGUACAUGAAGCGUUGCAAGCUGGGCCCCUUCCGGCUGGGCCGGGCGCUGGAGCUGCUCAGCGACCCGAGCCAUGAGGCAAGGGAAGAGCUGGAAUCCCUUCGCAGUAAAGCGCGAAGGCGUCUAGAGGGGCUGAAGCACAUCCAGAGAGUCCGGAUGAAUCGAAUGGACAUGAACCCAGAUGAUGAAGGUGACGAGACCAUUGCAACCCCCCCUUCUGUCCAGGUGCCUGCUGAGACAAGUGUUCGGAAAGGUCGGGGUCCCCGGGGUCAAUCGUGGAGGCAUGGCCCCGGAUCUGCUUAUCCGCAAGCGACGAAUGCUGCACGAUCAUUUGGUCGUCGAUGA